AUCUGACUUUGAGGGUAGCUCAGUUUCGAGGGGAAGACACCGAGUGCGGCGAAUUAUCGGAUCCAGACCACAGCGUGAAGUGAAGAUGCCUCGCUAUGACGAUCGAUACAGCAGUUCGCGUCUCUAUGUUGGCCAUCUGUCAUCUCGAACUAGGGAACGGGAUCUUGAACGGCUCUUCAGCAAAUAUGGAAGAAUUCGAGAUUUGGACAUGAAGCGAGACUAUGCCUUCAUCGAUUUCAGUGAUCCUCGAGAUGCUGAUGAUGCGAGGUACAGGUUGGACGGGAGAGACUUUGAUGGAAGCCGUAUAAUUGUUGAGUUUGCAAAAGGGACACCUCGUGGUUCCAGAGACUUUUCCUCGAGCAGAGGCCCUCCUCCUGGUAGUGGUCGUUGCUUCAACUGUGGUCUUGAUGGCCACUGGGCUCGAGAUUGCUCCGCUGGUGACUGGAAGAACAAAUGUUAUCGAUGUGGAGAUAGGGGUCACAUUGAGAGAAACUGUAAGAACAGUCCUAAGAAGCUCAGGCGGGAUGAAAGUUACUCAAGAUCGCCAGUUCGGUCUCGGUCUCCUCGUCGUAGAAGAAGAAGCCCUAGCAGAAGCAGAAGCAGAAGCUACAGCCGUGGUCGUAGCUACAGUCGCUCUAGAUCACCGGUUAGGAAGGAUAAGGAUCUGAGUCCUGUGCCUGCUGCUAGAAGCAGAAGCCCUGAACCAAUGGUGGACAACUCUCCUCCCUCCAAAGAUAGGAAGAGAAGCCCGAGCCCUGAAGGCAGUCCAAUGCGUGAGAAGCACAGCCCCAGAGAGAGGGCGAGAGGAAAUGAUGAUGAUGGUAUUGGAACCUAUGGGGACGACCGUAGUCCUAGUCCCAGAGAGGACCGUAGUCCUAAAGGCGGGCACAGCCCAAAAGAGGACCGUAGCCCUGUGGAAGAUGAUGACCAGUGAAGGAGUUGAAAGACAAAUGAUGGUUAUUUUGCUUUUGGGCGAUCACUUAACCAAUGUAAUGGUUAUAAUAAUGGUCUCUAGACAAUGUAAUGGAUUUUGAUAUUCCUGUUUGGAAAACUUGGCUUGAUACUUGGUGUUAUCUUCUUCUAAAAGAUUAAGAAAAUAAAUCAACUUUUCGUUUGUUUGUU